AUGGAUAUUCUCAUUCAUCAAUCCCCUGGAGAAUUGGUCUACUUGUACAUCUCCGCCCGAGGAUUGCAAAACUUGGGCCAUUCCAACAUCCAAGACUUCAGAUGUCGAGUCUACUCAAAGGAAGAUUUCAUUGGAGAAACUGAAGUCUCUCACUCCUCCCUUGAUCCUGACUUCAAAUAACCCAUCCCCAUCAUGUACAGAUUCAACAAGAGAUAAAAACUUGUAUUCUAAAUUAUUGAUGCCGACCAAGAAUUAUCAAGUCAACUUGUGAGUCAGAAUGCUUCUGCCUCCAUUGUAGGCAUUUGCAAACAGCCCUUGGCCAAAUUGAUGGGAGCUAGGAAUUCCUUAAGCCAAUUGAAUUUGAUGAAAGGAGAUUUGGUCGUAGGCACAAUCAUUAUUCAUGUCGCCAGAAAAGGACCUCAAAUUGCUGGCCAAAAGGAACAAACUAAUAAAGUAACAGAAAUUAAAUGGCGUUGGGGAGGCAUCAAAUUACUCGACCUUGACUUUUUCACGAAAUCAGAUCCUUUUGCUAAGUUUUAUAGAAUCAAUGGUCAAUAAACUGAAAUGAUACAUAAAACUGAAGUCAUUAAAAACAAUUUGAAUCCAAAUUGGAUGUGUUGGGAAACAACAGAGAAUGAAUUCUUCAAGUACUCUAAAAAUCUCUAUGUCGAAGUCAUGGAUUACGAUAAAUUGGGUUCUGAAGAAAUUGGGCACGUCACGAUUAAUUAUGACGAUAUCAAAAUCCACAAAAAAACUGAGUUUCCUUUAUUGACUCCUAAAGGGAAAAAUGCUGGCACAUUGAAAUUAUUAGAAUUAGUCAUUGUAGAACCAAAAGAAGAACACAUAGAAAUAAUUUAAGAAGAACCGAAAGAACCUACCUUCUUAGAUUAUUUAAUGGGCGGAUGGUAAAUGUCAUUAUCAAUAGGUAUUGACUUCACUUUUUCAAAUUAACCCAUCACUAAACCAGAUUCUUUGCAUAAAAUUGAUCCUCAUAAAUUGAAUUACUAUCAAUAAGCAAUCAAAGUUAUUGGUGGCGGAAUCAUAGCAUUUGAUUAUGAUAAAUAAGUGCCUGUCUAUGGAUUUGGAGGAACACCUAAAUUACCGACCUACACUAAGUCUACAAUGGAUGAUUGUUUCCCUCUGAAUGGAAACAAAGACAAGCCUUUGUGUAAUGAUGUGGCAGGAAUCCUGUAAGCUUAUAUUGAGGCAGUCCCAAAUAUAGUAUUUUCAGGUCCAACCUUUAUUUCAAAUGUUCUAAACAAAGCUCUAUAAUUUGCAAAGGAAAAUGCACAAAAUAACACAUACACAGUAGCCAUGAUCUUGACUGAUGGCUAGAUUGAAGAUCAAGAUGAUGCCAUCAAAGUAUUACUUGAAUGUUAGACUUUGCCUAUGUCCAUCAUUAUCAUUGGAGUGGGAGACGAGAACUUCAAAUACAUGAAAUAGUUUGAUGACCCAGCCUUCCUUAAAAAACACUCAAAAACAGAUAUGAACAUUAGAGACAUCAUUCAAUUCGUAUCAUUCCAAGAUUAUAAAAAUGACAUUGAGCAAAUGAGUUCAGCCGUUCUUGAUUAAUUGCCUAAAUAGUUUAUGGACUACAUGCACAUCAAUCAUAUUUAACCCAUUAAGAUGUAAUCUGUUCACCUUAGCAAAGCCUUCAAAUGA